AUGCAAAUGAUAACUAUAUCCUUUGAUAAAGAACUUUUAUCGGAGCCGAAGAGAUUGGGCAUCGUUAAAAUACAGAUAUAUGUAGAAGCAUUUGCAUAUACGAACUUAACGAAGUUGCUCUACCUGCAACAGCACCGCGACUGUAUCGUAGCCGAUUUGCGAUUGCAUAGCGGCAAAAACGUCUUACAAGACAUCAAGAGUUACCGUGGGCGCAAGCCUCUUGGUGGAACUGCGGGAGUGGUAGGUGCGGUUGCCGUCCCUGGCGUGCAAGCCGCAUCCCCCAGUCCGGCCCCUCAAGCGCCUGCUGCGCCGAGUCCAGCUCCGGCUACCACGCCCGCAAUGAAGCAGGAACAUCCUAGUCAGCCAAUGGCUCCAAUGCCGUUCUACGCAGGUGACCCAAAUCGGUUUCCAACCGCGUGGCAGUCGGACCCAUCUCAAGGUUGGCAGAAUCAGUUCAUACAGCAACUUCCAACACAAGCGGGCCAGACCACGUUAGACUACCAAGGCAACCACACAGCGUAUGCCACCUCACCACACUAUCAAGCUAACACCACAUACACCGUCCAGAACGUCGCCACCACUUUCGACGUCUCCAAUAACACGUACUAUCAGGCGGGAGUUCAGGCCGUGACAGCGCAGCGACCGCCUUCAAAUCGCAGUGCCUACACACCUGUUCCCUCACCUAGGGCUCCUCACUACGCAACAGAAUACCAACAACAGUACACUCAACAAACACCAACGCCUGGUGUAACAACAGGCAAUGACUCUCGGCCAUCAUCGGCUGCGUCAUACCAGAACUCGGUCCCAACAACAGCCGCACCCGUUUACACCGUCAGCCAAGCAAAUUAUGAGCGCACCGAGUACUCUAGUGAACAUCAAGAAGGAUACUCAUCAGAAAACGGAACGGGAGAUUCCACUAACGAAAGUGAAAGACAAGAACAAAACACGCCGAAUGGACAGCAUUCGGGAAACGCCGAGCCUGGAUACCUGCAGGGGAGCAACGGUCCGCGAGCUUCACUAGAUUGUAGCGGGUAUUCGGGCGGCUAUAACAGCGGACAGUAUAGAGAUAACGGUACAGUUCAGCAACAGAACCAGAAUGACUGGCAACAACAAUGGCAGCACAACCAAAGAUUACAAAACCAACAAAUGCAGAGUCAACAGCAGUUGCAAAAUCAGCAACAACAAAUUCAAAAUCAGCAAAUGCAAAACCAACAGCAACAAUUACAAAACCAGAUGCAAAAUCAACAAAUGCAGAAUCAACAAAUGCAGAAUCAACAAAUGCAGAAUCAACAAAUGCAGAACCAACAAAUGCAGAACCAACAAAUGCAGAACCAACAAAUGCAAAGGCAGGAGGAGUCAGAACAACAGAUGUUCUCGCAAUCAGACAGGGUGAAUUUAAACUCGAGACUGAAAACGAUGAUAUUAAACAAACAGAACCACACUAGGGACGGUACCAAUACUCCACCAGACAAAGGAGACCCGGGAGAGGGGCCGCCUCGAGUGAUGGACGACAGAAAAACCGGAGCUGUCUCUGUAAAUGAUGAUAGAAAUACCACCGGUCAUUUUUUAUCGUAUAGCCACCAUCUCCGAGAUAAUUACCGUUUAGGCGAACAGGUGUAUCCUGUCGCUGGUAAUUAUACACAGAACGCCCAAGCUUAUAGUGCGGGUGAGUUCGGAGGUGGUGGCCACCACGUAUGGGAGGGGGGCACAGAGGCCCCAAGAAGUUAUGAUAAGCAAGGUUCAUUGAAAAAUGUUUCGAAAACUCCUCAAAAGUUGCCGUCAUAUGCAGAUAUGAGGGGUCAAUACGGUACAUACUCAAACGUACCUUAUGAAGCGCAAAAAUAUGCAGAAAUAUAUGGUAGCGAUAGUUUAAGUUAUACUCAGCAAGACAGUAAGGAUUUUCAGUCUAAAAUGCUCAUUGGGCCGGUGUCGGAGAUGAAUCAACAAAAUUGUAAUCCGUCGAGGGAUACGAACGCACAAAGAAGAGCUUAUGAUAGAGAAGCGUAUGACGCAAAAUUCAGGCACCCAUCGGCGCCUUUAAUACCUAAAUUAGAGAUGCCUGAUACUUAUCCGCAACAAAAAGAUGAUAGAUUAAUAAAGGCGGAACCACAAAGAAUAACAAAUCAACCAGUAUACGUAAAACCAAACGAGAUAACCAAUAAUGCCUACAGAGAAUAUCCAAAUGGAGCACGGACGCAACAAAGCAUGGUAUUACCUCCAAUAUCGACAAUAAAACAAGAGAACUUCGGCCAAAAGGCGCAGGCUUACCAAAACUUUCAAAGCUUUCCUUAUGAACCUCUGCAAAGAGCAGAACCACUUACCUUUGCUCAAUUACCUCGGAUGCAAGAAAACACAGGUUUUCAAAAGUAUAAUCGCAAUGUUGACCCGAAACAACUUAAAGAGCCAGAAAAAGUCAACGAAAGAAUCACACAAUCUGAACCGAAGCCUCCUUAUUUUAUAGAACAAAUAAAAUCUGAACAUUCUCCACCAGGGCAUAAAAUUUACAAAAAUAUAGCAUACAAUCCUGUUCCUAGAAAUGAGCCAUAUCUAUAUUCUGGAGAUGGUGGCCCAGUCGCUAUCAGAAACGAAGUUGGUUACUCUUGUUGUCGUCAAGGUUCCACUAAAAAGCCUCCACCUGAACAUCUAAGAGACGGUGCAUGUCCGGGCCUUCAAACUAAAGAUGAAGUAUUAGAAGAUGAUCCAGAUACAAAUGAAAAAGAUGCUAAAACGUCUUCGAAACCUAGCACACCAGUGCCAGAUUCAGUAAAACCUAAAGAGAAUCAAUUCAACUACUCAAAAGAAUAUCUUGAAAAUUUGGAGAGAUUACGAACCAAUUCGAGGACCGAAGUUCCAGAUUGUAACUGUUUUCCUGCUGAUAAAAAUCCUCCAGAACCGGGUAGCUACUACACGCAUUUAGGUGCUGCAUCAACUUUAACAGAAUUAAGAAAAGAGUUGGAAGCUCGGACAGGUCUCAGCGGAAAAGAACUAAGGAUAGAAAAGAUCUGCUACACCGGCAAGGAAGGAAAGUCAGGGCAAGGAUGUCCGAUGGCUAAAUGGGUGAUUCGUCGUGCCAACUACACUGAAAAGGUCCUGGUAGUCGUAAAAUUCCGCAAUGGACAUAAAUGCCCAACAUCUUGGAUUGUUGUAUGCUUAGUCGCUUGGGAAGGAAUACCGCAGUCAGAAGCGGAUUUGGACUACACUCUGCUGUCUCAUAAGCUUAAUCGAUAUGGUCUGCCCACAACUAGAAGAUGUGCGACGAAUGAGAACCGGACAUGCGCUUGUCAAGGGCUAGAUCCCGAGAUCUGCGGUGCUUCUUAUAGCUUCGGCUGCUCCUGGUCCAUGUACUACAACGGAUGUAAAUACGCCCGUUCAAAAACCGUUCGAAAGUUCCGAUUGUCAGUCAAGACGGAGGAAAGUGAAAUAGAAGAACGCAUCCAUGUGUUGGCGACUCUUUUGAGUCCAUUGUACAUGAAUCUGGCUCCGAAGGCUUUUGAAAACCAGUGCCAGUUUGAAAAGGAGGCGUCGGAUUGUAGGCUAGGGUUUAAGCCUGGAAGACCGUUUUCUGGUGUAACAGCAUGCAUAGACUUCUGCGCCCACGCACACAGAGACCUUCACAACAUGAAUAACGGUUGCACGGCAGUAGUCACUCUUGCUAAGCAUCGAUCUUUGACAAGACCACCAGAUGAACAACUGCAUGUGUUACCAUUGUACGUGCUUGACACUACAGAUGAAUUUGGUUCCAAGGAUGGACAAGAGGAGAAAGUGAAGAACGGAGCUCUUGAUAUACUGGACAAAUUUCCAAUGGAGGUGCGCGUGCGAUCAGUACCACUCCAACCCUGUCGUCGACACGGAAAAAAGCGGAAAGACGAAACUGAGAACUCCGAGUCCAAUACAUCCACAAACAACUCUGCACAAAGUCCAGGGAAUCAGAAGAAAUCCCAACAAUCACCAGCACCCAGAACUCCACAGCCACAGGAUGCCAGGAAUAACGCUAGUCCGCGAAGUCAAAGUAGCGCAUCUCCAAGAGCCCAUACUCCAGCGUUAAAUCAGUCCAAUCCUUCAGCUUUCAACAGCAAUCCUCACUAUAACUCAGCCUUUGUGAAUCCAAAUAUGCAUCACCAAACUCCCGGACUGAUGAAUCCAAAUCUAGGUAAUCCCGCCUUAUUGGAUAUGGCGACUAUGAUAGAUAACUUUACAGAUGCUCAAUUGCAAAGUAACCAAAUAUCAAGUACAGUAUUAGACUCGCCAUAUAAUCCAUAUGAUCAAAGCUACAAUCUACACCAUCAAAAUACGUUGUAUAACCCAAAUCAUAUAUCUCCGGUAAUUGAAGGAAACUCUUGUCAGAAUCCGAACCCUAAUCUGAAUCCUAAUCCAAAUCAGUUACCUAGUUUUGCAGCUGGUUUACAAAAACGAGAACAACAAUUCCAACACCAAAUGCCUCCACAGAACCAGUGGCCAGAUUUCGCUAAUACAGAAAUGUUCAAUAAUGUCAUUAAGGAAGAUCCAGAUUCUACUACGGCAAAUUUGAACGUUCCUCUGAAUAACUACAGCCCAGAUUCAAGUAGAAGCGAUACUAAUUCAAAUUCUGAUCCAUCGAUACAAAAAAUCAACGCGAAACAAGAUAAACCGAACUUGACUGUCGAUGUUACGAAUAAAAUACCAGAUUUUGAUAUGCCUAGCUCACCACGGCUGACUGAGAUAUCUCAAAAUUCGCAAAACUUACCCGAAUCACCAGCCAGGUCACAUAUUCCAGAAUUAAAAUCACCAAAUAACGAAAUGAUAAACUCCGAUGCCCGUAAAAGUAUUUGGAAGUCUCCUGAUUCUAAAAAUUGGGAUCCGAAAUCUAAAGAGCAAAUAACACCAGAAAAUGAGAAUGCCUUGUUCAGAGUCCCAAAAGCGAGACCUCCUUCUAGAUCUCAACACACCAACCCACCUGAAGGAUUAGAGAACUCUACAUUUCUAAAACCAUAUCCACCUUCUGAUAGGCCUCAUUUGGGCCAAGGCUAUGAGCAUAGAAGUCCGUACGACGCUAGAAUUAACAAUACUGCUCCUCAAACAUCAACUUCCCAAAGUAACUUUACAAUCAAUCAUGAUGAACAGAACUUGGCGGCGGCGACGGCGGCAGCUAAACCAAUAAGUGAAUUCGGAGGUAAUAAUUUCCAUCCAGGUAGUCAGAAUACUUACAGUAAUCAAACACCUAUACAAGGUUAUGGAAACUAUCCGCAAGUGGCAAACGCCUAUCCCUUUCCGCCGAACCCUUAUGGCCACUUUAAUCCUUAUGAGAAUACGUAUAAUGAUUACAAUAGCUUAGCAUACUACAAUGCUGAGAAAUAUAAAAGAGAAGAACUUUUAAGAAAUUCUCACUGUUACAACUCCUACGGAUAUCAGUAUAAUCCAAAUUUCGCACCAAAUUUCUACCAAAAUCCUAGUCCGAAUUGGUGUCAGUCGUCACCAAAUUGGUGCAUAUAUCCGCCACCAUUUUCGAUCCCAUACCCACCAGAACCGCCAAAAGCUGAGCCCAUAGGUGAAGUUACAGAUUUCACGGAUAAUUUAGAAUGCUUCAAAGACAGUACGAUGGGUGGUGUUGCUAUUGCGCUUGGCCAUGGAAGCGUUUUAUUCGAAUGCGCAAAACAUGAAAUGCACUCCACUACUGCUGUCAAAAGUCCAAAUAGGGUUAACCCUACCCGAAUAUCUCUCGUUUUCUAUCAACACCGCAAUUUAAACCGACCGAAACAUGGUCUCGAGGAAUGGGAAGAAAAGAUGAGGUUAAAGAAACUUGGGUUGAAUCCACCAACACCGGGUACUCCUGGACCAAAUUCCAACUCGGUAUCUCCCGCUACAACACCAGGGCCCGAACGUCAGAAUAGCGCCGCUGAUAAAUGGAAGAAUGGUAACGGGACUGAUGCUAUCCCAGGCGGUUUCUCCUCAUUAGCUGCUCUCGUGGAAGCAACGGCAGCUGCCAGACGCUCUGGGCAGUUGAUGCUCCGUACCGAUACUCACACCACCAUGUCCUGGACAACUCUGUUCCCCAUGCACCCCUGCACUGUGACAGGCCCGUACCAGGAGUCCAGCACCUGA